AUGGCUCCUUUCGGAUUCUUUAAGAAGAAAUCCUCAUCACACGCCUCUGGAGGUUCGGCACCACCACCUCCAGGAGACUUGGCACCACCACCAGGACUCGCGCCACCACCAGGAAUGAUGCCACCACCACCGGGACCACCACCACCUUCUAACUCUAAGAUGCCUGCUCCAUCGUCUGCUGGAAGAGGCGACUUACUCUCGCAAAUUCAAAAAGGAAAGAAACUCCAGAAAUGUGAAACAGUUGACAAGUCUGCCCCAAUGAUCGAAGGUAAAAAAGGAUCUGGAGGAAUGGGAGGAGGAAUGGGCGGUAUGGGUGGAAACCCAAUGGCCGCUGCUAUAGCUUCAAGAGCAAAUAGAGGCGGAGGAGCACAUGCACCACCAUCAAGAGGAGGGAUGCAAAGAUCAGCUCCACCACCAUCACGCGCUAUGCCACCAAGAGGAGGAGCUCCUCGCGGCGGGAGGGGUGGAAGAGGCGGAAUGCCACCACCACAGCAAUACGAAGAACCACAAGAAGAACAACAGGAAGAGGAACAGCCACAACAAUUCCAAAUGCCGCCAAGAGGCGCACCACGUGGAGCUCCAAGAGGCGCCCCUAGAGGUGCACCAGCACCCAGAGGCGCCCCAAGGGGAGGAAGAGGCGGAAUGCCACCACCACAACCACAAUAUGAAGAACCACAAGAAGAAGAAGAACAACCACAGCAAUUCCAAAUGCCAUCUAGAGGUGCACCACGUGGAGCACCAGCACCAAGAGGAACUUCUAGAGGUGCACCAGCACCAAGGUCGGCACCCCGAGGUGCACCAAGAGGAGGUAUGUCUUCAUCAGCACAACCCCCACCACCACCAAUGGGUAUGAUGCCGCCACCACCACCUAAUAUGCCACCACCACCAUCUGGUGGAGAUGCACCAUCAGCACCACCAUCGUCUGCUGGAAGAGGCGAUUUACUUUCACAAAUUCAAGCAGGAAGAAAACUCAAAAAAGCAGUAACCGUUGAUAAAUCAGCGCCAGCAAUCAGCAACAAACCGUCAGGAGGUAUGGGCGGUGGAAUGGGAGGAGGAAUGGGCGGUAUGGGCGGAAACCCACUUGCCGCUGCCAUCGCCGCACGAGCAAACAGAGCCGGAGGAGCACAUGCACCACCAUCAAGAGGAGGUAUGCAAAGAUCAGCUCCACCACCCGCUGCUCAACCACCAAUGCACAGAGGUGCACCAGCACCCAGAGGCGCUCCAAGAGGAGGACGUGGAGGAAUGCCACCACCACAACAACGUGAAGAACCACAAGAAGAACAACAGGAAGAGGAACAGCCACAACAAUUCCAAAUGCCAUCUAGAGGCGCACCAAGAGCUGCACCACGUGGAGCACCAGCACCACGAGCCGCUCCACGUUCCGCACCAAGGUCGGCAUCCCGAGGUGCACCAAGAGGAGGUAUGUCUUCAUCAGCACAACCCCCACCACCACCAAUGGGUAUGAUGCCGCCACCACCACCUAAUAUGCCACCACCACCAUCUGGUGGAGAUGCACCAUCAGCACCACCAUCGUCUGCUGGAAGAGGCGAUUUACUUUCACAAAUUCAAGCAGGAAGAAAACUCAAAAAAGCAGUAACCGUUGAUAAAUCAGCGCCAGCAAUCAGCAACAAACCGUCAGGAGGUAUGGGCGGUGGAAUGGGAGGAGGAAUGGGCGGUAUGGGCGGAAACCCACUUGCCGCUGCUAUAGCUGCACGAGCAAAUAGAGCCGGAGGAGCACAUGCACCACCAUCAAGAGGAGGGAUGUCCCAAUCUGCUCCGAGACCAGCUGCUCAACCACCAAUGCACAGAGGUGCACCAGCACCACGCGGAGCUCCAAGAGGAGCCCCUAGAGGCGGAAGAGGCGGAAUGCCACCACCACAGCAAUACGAAGAACCACAAGAAGAACAACAGGAAGAGGAACAGCCACAACAAUUCCAAAUGCCGCCAAGAGGCGCACCACGUGGAGCUCCAAGAGGCGCCCCUAGAGGUGCACCAGCACCCAGAGGCGCCCCAAGGGGAGGAAGAGGCGGAAGAGGAAUGUAA